AUGUGGACGGUCAUUACGUUGGAGAGAAAAGAAAGGAACGUAAAAGGAAACCAGACGUGACCAGUUGGUUUAGAGUGAGAGAGUUGAGCGCUAGUCAAACAUUCCUAAUAAUGCCAUGUGUUCUGAGCCACAUAGAGGGCGAUAUGGGCUGUGGGAACAUAAUGAAGAUGACGAGACAGUCUGGCUGUAUCUCAUAUGGAAGCCUAUGCACUAUAUAUCGAGGGCCCUCUGGUUAAAACUAGUGCACUAUAUAGGGAAUAGAAUGUCAUUUGGUAAGCAGCUUUUUGUGUUGUAACACUCUCAUAACUCUAGCCAUGGGAAUACUGGAGUAACGGCACAGUCUUAAUGAUUUGAUAUUAAAGUGAUUUUAUUUUUAGUCGUUGGUCUCUCCACUAGCUGCAGCUCUGUCUGAAUCAAGGGCUUUGUUGCGGUAGAUUUCCCAUGAUUCCUGUGGUCAAUCCGAGACAUGGCCGCCACACACACACACACACCCUCCCCCCCUGACUCAAUAGCACUGAGUGUAUUAAUAUUGACUGCCAAUAUACCUCCAAAGCCUGCCUGUUGGCCAGGGUGAUUGAAAAGGCAGAGAAAGCAAUUUAUCCUCCAGUAAAUUUAUUUUAAUGGGCUAAUUAGAUUGUCUUAAAAACAUAUGAGAAAGCAAAGGCUUGGGACCCAGAGUGAGUCUCAGUGUCAUAAUAUUGGCGUAGGGCCCGUCCCAAAUGGCAUCCUAUUACCCACAUAGUGCAGUACUAUUGAACAGAGCCCUUUGGGCCAUGGUCAAAUGUAGUGCACUAUAUUGGGAAUGGGUUGCUAUUUGGGACCCAGAAUGAGUCUCUGCGUAAUACACAGAGGCUGGGACCCAGAGUGUAAUAUUGACUUGGCCUCUGUUCCUGAGUUAUGGUGGAAGAAUGAAACACGCUAUCAAAGGCCAACAUUUGGGUUGUAAAGUCAUAUAUUUCUUGUUUUAUCCAUUGACUAGCUACGUAAUUACUGUAAUAUCAAUAGCAGGCCUUACUAAACUCCUGGAGGGCUAUGGCCUUUUAUUUUUUUUCAAUGACGGCGGGCCACAUUUAAAUUGUCUCAUUUGGCCUGGGGGCCGUGUGUUUGACAACCCUUAUCUAGGAGCUGUCUCUCUGCUAAGUCUAAAAGGUCAGUUAUAUACUGAACAUCAUAUACUCUAUCUACUGUAUGUAACUUCUGUUUGUCCCUCAGCCAAUCGGAGCGUUGAACCCGAAGCGUGCAGCGUUCUAUGCAGAGCGCUACGAGACGUGGGAAGAGGACCAGACCCCCCCGUAUCACUACAACACCCACUACUCCACCGCUAAGUCCACCCUGCUCUGGCUGCUCAGGAUAGUAUGUACUCUAUACCCCAUCCACCCAAUACCCUAUUCCCUGUACCCUAUACCCAGCAAAGGGGUGGUUGAUAAAACAUAUAUAGGUCCAUCAUCAUUUCUACAUACUUUCUAUCUGAUUGUAGACGUUCAAGUGUAGACAGACACUUUUUUUUAUUUUUUUUAUCCAAAAUAACAUUUUCUUAAUGGCAGCUAGAACAGUAAAUUAGUUAAAUAGUGAGUCACACAGUCCACACAGUUGAAAGCACAUUGAUACCACCUAGUGUUUAAUAAAUACCAGCGGAAUCUAAAUUGUGAGAUAUAGGGUUACCCCUCCUGGGGUUUGGCCAGAUCUGAUAUGUUAGGCAGCUCGUUAAUUGGAGAAAGCUUGAUGGGGAGUUAGUAGCACUUUGCCUGCCACUCUCUGCCUCCUCUCCCCCUCGUUAGCAGAGGGGCUGUUGAAUUAGAAGAGUUCCUCUGACAGCACUUACACCGCUCCUCACUACACACACCGCUCCUCUCCUCCAUCUCUCCUCCUCUCCUCACUACACACACCGCUCCUCUCCUCCAUCUCUCCUCCUCUCCUCCCUACAUCCAUCCAUCAGAACACUGUCUCAAUCUCAGACUGGGAACACCACAUACAGCAUCAGCCAAUUAGCACCGUCCGCUCCCGGCGACCAGGAAGCACAGUAAUUAAUACUCCCUAAGGCAUUGUGGGUAAUGUACAGAAGGGGAGGACAGACAGACAGACAGACAGACAGAUAGUCUGGCACAGGAACAUCACAUACACAGAAACACACCAUAGAUGCGGUAAAGAGGUCAAUGGAACUCAACCCAAACAAUGGAAAUGCCAUGGAUGCGGUGGGAGAAAGAUCACAAAUCUCCUCAUUGCCCCCCAGCAAAAUGAUCCUUAAUUUAGGCUAUUGAUUAUAUGUGUAUUGUGUACUUCUAAAUGUUAUGCAGUGAAAACAAAAUCUGACUUUAGUAAUCACAUUGUGGGCCUGUUACAAUACAUCAAUCAUGACGGAUUUGACGAAUAUCCACUUUGUUAGAACAGAUUUGUUGAAUGUGUACCAAUUCGGUGUCCUUCUUCUAUCCCCCACUGUCUGAUUUCUAUUGACCUCUUUACCGCAACUAUGAUUCCAAUAAGAGACAUUCUCAUUGUCCCUUCUCUCUGUUACAACCAGUAGAAUUCAGCCAUUAGCUCCCCUUAGGGGACAAGAAAUGAUUCAUUCUGAACACACAAUAGAAAAUCUAGUUCACUGAAAGUAUUGUUUGGUAUGGUGGUGUUAUCUGUGUUGUGAUGUUUGUGUUUGUUUGUGUGUGUCCAUGAAACAUCCUUUGCUCAACGUAAAAUGUGUGUGUGUUUUCUCUUGCAGGAGCCUUUCACCACGUUCUUCCUGAAUGCUAACAACAACAAGUUUGACCAUGCAGACCGGACCUUCUCAGCCAUCACCCGCUCCUGGAGGCACUGCCAGAGAGACACCUCAGAUGUCAAGGUGUGUGUCUUUCUGUCGGUGUGUGUAGGUGUGUGCGUGCGUGCGCGUCCAUGAAACAAACUCUGCUCAAUGUAAAAUACUCUGUAUCUGUAUCUACAGUGGGUCUGAUGCGUUCUCUGUUCAUCGGUAUUCAACCCAGAAGGAAACGUCACAAUAAAAUAUAUACCAUGAAUUAUAAAUAACACUAUGCUCAAACUGUGAGGAACAGAGACAUGGUACACAGUGAAUAACUAAAGCACUUACAAACACAUACUUGAUUUACCUCUAAUAUAUAUUUAAAAACAAAGGAGUGCUGUACUGUAUGUGAACAAAGGCUGAAGACAAAGAAAGAAAGAAAUCCUCUCCUUCCUUCCUCAGAGAUGGAGGAGCAUUCAGAGUGUGUGUCCCAAAUGGCUCCCUAUGGGGCCUUGGUCAAAAGUAGUGCACUAUAUAGAGAAUAGGGUGCCAUUUGGGACGCAGACAGUGAAACGCUGAACCACCACCACUCAGCGGGAGCAGCUCUGACCUCAAAGUGUCAGAUAUUUCUAGAACACCCCGCAUCGGGUUAGUGUUGCCCCAGGCAAUUAAUAAAGCAUUAAUGACAAAAGCUAUUUAAAAUGUAGUGUUUUAUGUCCGGACAGGGCUUUUCCUGGGCUCAGCUUGGGGAGGAGGGGGAGAGAGCAGCACACCAGCUAACAUGCCCUGUUAACAAAUACAUGCUACUUUAAACUACUUGUAUGUCUGUCUGUCUGUUGAAACACACGGAACAUGGCUGCUGGUCUAUCAGCACGAAGGAGAGAGCGAGAGAGACAAGAUAUUACAACAGCAGCUGUGUUUCAUUAUGUAUUAGUAACAGGAAUUAUUCUGCUAAAUUAUUUCACCUACACACACAGUUCUACCUACACACACACAGUUCUACCUACACACACACAGUUUUACCUACACACACACAGUUCUACCUACACACUCACAGUUCUACCUACAUAGACACAGUUCUACCUACACACACACAGUUCUACCUACAUACACACAGUUCUACCAUACACACAGUUCUACCUACACACACACAGUUCUACCUACACACACACAGUUCUACCUACAUACACACAGUUCUACCUACACACACACAGUUCUACCUACAUACACACAGUUCUACCUACACACACACAGUUCUACCUACACACACACAGUUCUACCUACACACACACAGUUCUACCUACACACACACAGUUCUACCUACACACACACAGUUCUACCUACACACACACAGUUCUACCUACACACACACAGUUCUACCUACACACACACAGUUCUACCUACAUACAGUGCAUUUGGAAAGUAUUCAGACCCCUUGACUUUCUACAUUUUGUUAUGUUACAGCCUUAUUCUAAAAUGAAUUAAAUUAUAGUUUUUCCUCAUCAAUCUACACACAAUACCACAUAUUGACUAAGCGAAAACUUUUUUGGGGGAAUUUUUUUCAAAUGUAUUAAAAAUAAAAAACAGAUACCUUAUUUACAUAAGUAUUCAGACCCUGAGCUCAGGUGCAUCCUGUUUCCAUUGAUCAUCCUUGAGAUGUUUCUACAACUUGAUUGAGUCCACCUGUGGUAAAUUCAAUUGAUUGGACAUGAUUUGGAAAGGCACACACCUGUCUAUAUAAGGUCCCACAGUUGACAGUGCAUGUCAGAACAAAAAGCAAGCCAUGAGGUCGAAGGAAUUGCCCGUAGAGCUCCGAGACAGGGUUGUGUUGAGGCACAGAUCUAGGGAAGGGUAACAAAACAUUUCUGCAGCAUUGAAGGUCCCCAAGAACCCAGUGGCCUCCAUCAUUCUUAAAUGAAAGACGUUUGGAACCACCAAUACUCUUCCUAGAGCUGGCCACCCAGCCAAACUGAGCAAGCGGGUGAGAAGGGCCUUGGUCAGUGACCAAGAACCCGAUGGUCACUCUGACAGAGCUCCAGAGUUCCUCUGUGGGGAUGGGAGAACCUUCCAGAAGGACAACCAUCUCUGCAGCACGCCACCAAUCAGGCCUUUACGGUAGAGUGGCCAGACGAAAGCCACUACUCAGUAACAGGCACAUGACAGCCCGCUUGGAGUUUGCCAAAAGGCACCUAAAGGACUCAGACCAUGAGAAAAAAUAUUCUCUGGUCUGAUGAAACCAAGAUUUGACCUGAAUGCCAAACGUCACGUCUGGAGGAAACCUGGCACCAUCCCUAAGGUGAAGCAUGUUGGUGGCAGCAUCAUGCUGUGGGGAUGUUUUUCAGCGGCAGGGACUGGGAGACUAUCUAAUAUAGCUAAUGCUAUGGAGGCUGUUUGCUAUCUAUGGAGGCUGUUUGCUAUCUAUGGAGCCUGUUAUCUAUCUAUUGAGGCUGUUAGCUAUCUAUGGAGCCUGUUAGUUAUCUAUGGAGGCUGUUAGCGAUCUAUGGAGGCUGUUAGCGAUCCAUGGAGCCUGUUAGCUAUCUAUGGACACUGUUAGCUAACAGGCUCCAUAGAUAGUUAUCUAUGGAGCCUGUUAGCUAUCUAUGGAGGCUGUGUGAUUGACUUGUUCAGCCCAUUAACAGGCUGUGGCUGUAUAAAUGGCUGCCAGGGGAGCUGGGCUCGAAAAUGGAGCUGGCAUCUUUAACGGCUUGGUGCUGAGUUUUGACAGGGAAGUUUAGACAGACAGACAGACAGACACAGAGAGAGAGAGAGAGAGAGAGAGGUAAAGAGAUAAAGAGAGAGAGAGAGAGAGAGUCAGUCAGUCAGUCAGUCCAGUGUUGUGCUCAGUCAGACGGUGAAAUGUGACCAACAGCAGACUCCAGUGUUUUAUUGGGGUGUUUCCUGUCAUGCUACCUUCCUCUCUAAACCCUGAUUUACCGUCCUAAAGCCCUGCCUGUUACCCUCCUGUAGUUAUCCUCCCAUAGGCAACAGGCCUGGUCAAACUCCCAUAGGCCUGGUAAAAACCAAAAGCAUCACAGAACAUGACAAACACUGCUUUCAUAAAACACCCCUCAUACUACCACUGAACAAGCUAGGAGGCCAAGCACAUUUUAGACACACAGACACAGUCGCUGACAAACACCAAGUCACUGACCCGCACACACACACGUACGCACACACACACGUACACACCUGACACACACACAAACACAUGCACCUCCUGACACACACAGGCCUAGACAGACAGCGUUUAAAUGGUUUUAAAUGGUUUUCUAAUGAGGGCUCUGACAGAGGGAGGAGGGAGGCACCACAUUCCUGUUGUGCACAUGGUCCAAUAUACAGAGGCAUCUGUCAGAGAAAGAGGAGAGGGGAGGAGGCACUGCAGCUGAAAUGAAUGAGUAGCCAAGUGUAUUGAUAGGCCUGCAUUUAUAUUAUUAGCGGCUUGUCUAUUUUAAUGUAGAGGAAUAUUUAACUUUCUCUGGUCAUAGGAACAACAACAUGAAUUUGUGCAUGAGGCAGAAAUAAUGCAGACUUCUUGAGUUUCGCCAUCAGGUGGAAGAGUGUCCCCUCUCUCUGCCCAGCCUCCCUCCGUUGAGACUGACCAUCAGUUGCAGGUAUCAUUAGUCUGGUAAAAUAAAAAAGCAAAUUAUUUAAAUGUAUGCUCAGCUGUGCCUCGCAAGGAAUGUAACACCUGAUCUGUUUUUUUAUUUAGCAUGAGUUUUGAAAUAUAAUAUAGUCUGAGAAGAACAAUACUGGCAGGCCAAUAUGAUGUGAUAAUGGAUUAGGCCUACUGCACAAACCUCAUCCUUACAGAAGUGUUUUUAUAAGACAUAGCCUUACAUUUUUUAAGUCAUGUUUUUAAAAAAUAUAAGAGCGGUAGAUCUUGGCUUGCAUUUUGACUCAGAAAGUGAUCUUGACUCAGAAAAGGUUGGUGACCACUGGGCUAAAGGGUGUCUCCAGGGUCAGCUAGUUGUUUAUUCUCUCUGAAGUGGGAAUCACACCAGGGAGGAUCAUGGGAGUGUGUUUCUUCCUCUCUGUACCGAGGUCCUGACCCCAUCACCACAGCCCUGCACUGACACACACACACACCACUGAAAUAACUGUUACAGCACCUCUCAACACCCAUUGCCUGCUGUUUAUUUGGCUUGUAUUACCUUUCCCCCUGAAGUCACACACACGUACACAGUCCAUUUACUCUCCUUACAUCUCCCCUCCCCUUCUCCCCUUGUUGAGCCCAGUUCUACCACCAGCCAUGUGUAAUAACAUGUGUAAUAAUGUGGUAUAAUAACGUGUAUGAUGGCCUACAAAUAACAUGUGUAAUAAUGUGGUAUAAUAACAUGUGUAUGAUGGCCUAUAAAUAACAUGUGUAUAAUAAUGUGGUAAUGCCUGUCUCCAACAGGAGUUGAUUCCAGAGUUCUACUACCUGCCAGAGAUGUUUGGUAACAGUAAUGGUUACCACCUGGGUCAGAGGGAGGACGGCAGCAUGGUGUGUGAUGUGGAGCUGCCUCCCUGGGCCAACAAGCCUGAGGACUUUGUUAGGAUCAACCGGAUGGUGAGGAACUAAACACCUCUCCUCCUCUCCUUAUCUCCCACCCUCUGCUCUCUUCCUCUACCUAACCCACUCCUCCCACCCUCUCCUCCUCUCCUCUCCUGCUUUGUCACCCUUGUCUCCUCCUCCGUCCUCUCAUUUUGUACCACCCUCUCCUUUCCUCUUCAAUCAUCCCCUCCUCCUUUCCUGCCCCCCACAUCUCUCCUCCUUCUCAUCUCCUCCUCCCUCUUCCCUCUCCCCCUCUCCUCCCCCUCACUCUGUGUGUCUGUGUGAGUUACUCAUGCAGCGUCUGAUAAAGUGCACUGCUCGAUACUAACACAAUCUGCAGCUGACCCCAGUGAUGUCACUAAAGGACGGGCCAGUAAGUGUCCCCUAUAAUGUUACCUAAUGCCGGACUCAUCAAUCAUCAUUUAGCUGUGCGUGCGUGUGUGUGUGGCUGUGUGCUGUGUGUGUGUGUGUGUUAGCCCAGGACAACCUAGUACUCCCUGCAGGCCCUUUGAGCAACACACACACACACACACAGAGAGAGACAGAACGUGAGCGCCCUCUACACCCUCUGCCAGCCUCUCAACCAGUCCUGCCUGGAGGCACACAGUCUUUCACUUCUCAUCACAAUUCAAACCCACACAUACAAACACACGCACGCACACACACACACACACACACACACACACACACACACACACACACUCACAAUCACACACCAUUACAUCCCUGUACACAUACUGCAGUGUGCAAGUAGAUCCUCAUGCCUAUACACACCAAGACAUGGUUAUAGAUAUGACAUUAUGGGGGGGGUUUACAUUUCUACAAUGUUAUUAGGGGGGGGGGGUAUUGGGGUAGGAACACACUUGACCUUUUCAGCAGGAAUGACAGAGCUGGGGGGAAGGAGGCAAGGGUGGUGGUGGGGAGGAGUGGUGGUGGUUAGUGGGGAGCAGAGGUGACCUUUCACUAAGCUCAGCUCUACUCUACUCCCCUCCUCUCUCCCUCUGCUCUCCACCUCUCCUCUACUGCCUGGUCAGCUACAUCUACAUCAGCCCAGCACACAGGGAGGAGGAGGGAGGUGGAGGGGGGGACACACAGGAGGAGGGAGGUGGAUGGGCAGACCGGGGGGGCAAAGUGUUCUUAUCCUCUUAUGUUGUAGACAUUAGUAUACAUGCGGAAUCCAUGGAUGGAUAGCUAGAGAAUCAUCAUCUUUACUCUCCAUCUCUGUCCUCAGUCAUCCUGCUCUCAGAUCUCAUUAUAGCGUUCUUCAUUUUCUGCUUACCUCUUACUUUACCUUUUAUUUUCUUUUUCUCUCUCUCUCUCUCUCUCUCUCUCUCUCUCUCUCUCUCUCUCUCUCUCUCUCUCUCUCUCUCUCUCUCUCUCUCUCCGUCCCACCCACCCUCCCUCCACCCCUCCUCCCUCCAGUUCCCAUCUUUGCAUGUGCCAGAUUCAAUCGUGGUGACAUGCCCCGUGGCUAGUUCAGCUCCCUCUGUGUUCAGCUCCCUCUGUGUUCAUCUCUGUCUGUGUGCUCUAGCUAGCUCCACUCUGUUGGUAGAGGCUUUCUUGUGCUGUGGGAGGGAGAGUGUAAAGUCAUGCAGCAUGUCUCUAUACAUAUUUUUUUACAUUUACAUUUUAGUCAUUUAGCAGACGCUCUUAACCAGAGCGACUUACAGGAGCAAUUAGGGUUAAGUGCCUUGCUCAAGGGCACAUUAACGUCAUUUAGCAGACGCUCUUAGCCAGAGCGACUCACAAAUUGGUGCGUUCACCCUAUAGCCAGUGGGAUAACCACUUUACAAUUUGGGGGGGUUAGAAGGAAUACUUUAGCCUAUCCCAGGUAUUCCUUAAAGAGGUGGGGUUUCAAAUGUCUCCGGAAGGUGGUGAGUGACUCCGCUGUCCUGGCGUCGUGAGGGAGCUUGUUCCACCAUUGGGGUGCCAGAGCAGCGAACAGUUUUGACUGGGCUGAGCGGGAGCUGUGCUUCCGCAGAGGAAGGGGAGCCAGCAGGCCAGAGGUGGAUGAACGCAAUGUCCUCGUUUGGGUGUAGGGACUGAUCAGAGCCUGAAGGUACAGGGGUGCCGUUCCCCUCACUGCUCCAAAGGCAAGCACCAUGGUCUUGUAGCGGAUGUGAGCUUCAAUUGGAAGCCAGUGGAGUGUGCGGAGGAGGGGGGUGACGUGAGAGAACUUGGGAAGGUUGAACACCAGACGGGCUGCGGCAUUCUGGAUGAGUUGUAGGGGUUUAAUGGCACAGGCAGGGAGCCCAGCCAACAGCGAGUUGCAGUAGUCCAGACGGGAGAUGACAAGUGCCUGGACCAGGACCUGCGCCGCUUCCUGUGUAAGGCAGGGUCGCACUCUCCGAAUGUUGUAGAGCAUGAACCUGCUAUCAGCUGAUAGAGUUGUAGUGUGUGGCCACUGGGUCGACAAUAAUAAUAAUAAUAAUAACGUAAGCACUGUAAGUCCACCAUAGUGAUGUAACACAACAGUAACACUGUCUACCAUAGUGAUGUAACACAACAGUAACACUGUCUACCAUAGUGAUGUAACACAACAGUAACACUGUCUACCAUAGUGAUGUAACACAACAGUAACACUGUCUACCAUAGUGAUGUAACACAACAGUAACACUGUCUACCAUAGUGAUGUAACACUGUCUACCAUAGUAAUGUAACACAACAGUAACACUGUCUACCACAGUGAUGUAACACAACAGUAACACUGUCUACCAUAGUGAUGUAACACUGUCUACCAUAGUAAUGUAACACAACAGUAGCACUGUCUACCAUAGUGAUGUAACACAACAGUAGCACUGUCUACCAUAGUGAUGUAACACAACAGUAACACUGUCUGCCAUAGUGAUGUAACACAACAGUAACACUUUCUACCAUAGUGAUGUAACACUGUCUACCAUAGUGACGUAACACUGUCUACCAUAGUGAUGUAACACAACAGUAACACUGUCUACCAUAGUAAUGUAACACAACAGUAACACUGUCUACCAUAGUGAUGUAACACUGUCUACCAUAGUAAUGUAACACAACAGUAACACUGUCUACCAUAGUGAUGUAAUACAACAGUAACACUGUCUACCAUAGUGAUGUAACACUGUCUACCGUAGUGAAGUAAUACAACAGUAACAUUGUCUAUCAUAGUGAUGUAACACAACAGCAACACUCUCUACCAGAGUGAUGUAACACAACAGUAACACAGUCUACCAUAGUGAUGUAACACAACAGUAACACUGUCUACCAUAGUGAUGUAACACAACCGUAACACUGUCUACCAGGCUAUAAGGUGAAUGCACCAAUUUGUAUGUCGCUCUGGAUAAGAGCGUCUGCUAAAUGACGUAAAUGUAAAUAAUGAUGUAACACAACAGUAAGACUGUCUACCAUAGUAAUGUAACACAACAGUAACACUGUCUACCAUAGUGAUGUAAUACAACAGUAACACUGUCUACCAUAGUGAUGUAACACUGUCUACCGUAGUGAUGUAACACAACAGUAACACUGUCUACCAUAGUGUUGUAACACUGUCUACAAUAGAGAUGAAACACAACAGUAACACUGUCUACCAUAGUGAUGUAACACUGUCUACCAUAGUGAAGUAAAACACAACAGUAACACUGUCUACCAUAGUGAUGUAACACAACAGUAAGACUGUCUACCAUAGUGAUGUAACACAACAGUAACACUGUCUACCAUAGUGAUGUAAAACAACAGUAACACUGUCUACCAUAGUGAUGUAACACUGUCUACCGUAGUGAUGUAAUACUGUCUACCGUAGUGAUGUAAUACUAUAGUAACACUGUCUAUCAAAAUGAUGUAACACAACUAUAAUACAGUCUACCAUAGAGAUGUAACACAACAGUAACACUGUCUACCAUAGUGAUGUAACACUGUCUACUAUAGUGAAGUAAAACACAGCAGUAACACUGUCUACCAUAGUGAUGUAACACAGUCUACCAUAGUAAUGUAACACAACAGUAAAACUCUACCAUAGUAAUGUAACACAACAGUAACACUGUCUACCAUAGUAAUGUAACACAACAGUAACAUUGUCUACCAUAGUGAUGUAACACUGUCUACCAUAGUGAAGUAAAACACAACAGUAACACUGUCUACCAUAGUGAUGUAACACUGUCUAACCUAGUGAUGUAAUACUAUAGUAACACUGUCUACCAUAGUGAUGUAACACAACUGUAACACAGUCUACCAUAGUGGUGUAACACAACAGUAACACAGUCUACCAUAGUGGUGUAACACAACAGUAACACUGUCUACCAUAGUGAUGUAACACAACAGUAACACUGUCUACCAUAGUGAUGUAACACUGUCUACCAUAGUGAUGUAACACAAAAUUAACACUGUCUACCAUAGUGAUGUAACACAACAGUAAUACUGUCUACCAUAGUGAUGUAACACAACAGUAACACUGUCUACCAUAGUGAUGUAACACAACAGUAGCAAUGUGUACCAUAGUGAUGUAACACUGUCUACCAUAGUGAUAUAACACAACAGUAACACUGCCUACCGUAGUGAUGUAACACAACAGUAACACUGUCUACCAUAGUGAUGUAACACUGUCUACUAUAGUGAAGUAAAACACAACAGUAACACUGCCUACCGUAGUGAUGUAACACAACAGUAACACUGUCUACCAUAGUGAUGUAACACAGUCUACCAUAGUAAUGUAACACAACAGUAACACUCUACCAUAGUAAUGUAACACAACAGUAACAUUGUCUACCAUAGUGAUGUAACACUGUCUACCAUAGUGAUGUAACACUGUCUACUAUAGUGAAGUAAAACACAACAGUAACACUGUCUACCAUAGUGAUGUAACACAACUGUAACACAGUCUACCAUAGUGGUGUAACACAACAGUAACACAGUCUACCAUAGUGGUGUAACACAACAGUAACACUGUGUACCAUAGUGAUGUAACACAAAAGUAACACUGUCUACCAUAGUGAUGUAACACAACAGUAACACUGUCUACCAUAGUGAUGUAACACAACAGUAACACUGUCUACCAUUGUGAUGUAACACAACAGUAGCAAUGUGUACCAUAGUGAUGUAACACUGUCUACCAUAGUGAUGUAACACAACAGUAACACUGCCUACCGUAGUGAUGUAAUACAACAGUAACACUGUCUACCAUAGUGAUGUAACACUGUCUACCAUAGUAAUGAAACACAACAGUAAAACUGUCUACAAUAGUGAUGUAACAGUCUAUCAUAUUGAUGUAACACAACAGUAACACUGUCUACCAUAGUGAUUUAACACAACAGUAACACUGUCUACCAUAGUGAUGUAAUACAACAGUAACACUGUCUACCAUAGUGAUGUAACACUGUCUACCAUAGUGAUGUAACAUUGUCUACCAUAGUGAUGUAACACAACAGUAACACUGUCUACCAUAGUAAUGUAACACAACAGUAACACUGUCUACCAUAGUGAUGUAAUACAACAGUAACACUGUCUACCAUAGUGAUGUAACACUGUCUACCGUAGUGAUGUAAUACAACAGUAACACUGUCUACCAUAGUGAUGUAACACUGUCUACCGUAGUGACUUAAUACAACAGUAACACUGUCUACCAUAGUAAUGUAACACAACAGUAACACUGUCUACCAGAGUGAUGUAACACAACAGUAACACAGUCUACCAUAGUGAUGCAACACAACAGUAACACUGUCUACCAUAGUGAUGUAACACAACCGUAACACUGUCUACCAGGCUAUAAGGUGAAUGCACCAAUUUGUAUGUCGCUCUGGAUAAGAGUGUCUGCUAAAUGACGUAAAUGCAAAUGUAAAUAAUGAUGUAACACAACAGUAACAUGGUAUACCAUAGUAAUGUAACACAACAGUAACACUGUCUACCAUAGUAAUGUAACACAACAGUAACACUGUCUACCAUAGUGAUGUAAUACAACAGUAAAACUGUCUACCAUAGUGAUGUAACAGUGUCUACCAUAGAGAUGUAACACAACAGUAACACUGUCUACCAUAGUAAUGUAACACAACAGUAACACUGUCUACCAUAGUGAUGUAACACAACAGUAACACUGUCUACCAUAGUGAUGUAACACUGUCUACCAUAGUGAAUUAAAACACAACAGUAACACUGUCUACCAUAGUGAUGUAACACAACAGUAAGACGGUCUACCAUAGUGAUGUAACACAACAGUAACACUGUCUACCAUAGUGAUGUAAAACAACAGUAACACUGUCUACGAUAGUAAUGUAACACUGUCUACCGUAGUGAUGUAACACAACAGUAACACUGUCUACCAUAGUAAUGUAACACAACAGUAACACUGUCUACCAUAGUGAUGUAAAACAACAGUAACACUGUCUACGAUAGUAAUGUAACACUGUCUACCAUAGUGAUGUAACAGUGUCUACCAUAGAGAUGUAACACAACAGUAACACUGUCUACCAUAGUGAUGUACCACUGUCUACUAUAGUGAAGUAAAACACAACAGUAACACUGUCUACCAUAGUGAUGUAACACUUUCUACCAUAGUGAUGUAACACAACAGUAACACUGUCUACCAUAGUGUUACUGUUGUGUUACAUCACAAUGGUAGACAGUGUACAUCACUAUGGUAGACAGUGUUACUGUUGUGUUACAUCACAAUGGUAGACAGUGUACAUCACUCUCUACCAUAGUGAUGUAACAGUCUAUCAUAGUGAUGUAACACAACAGUAACACUGUCUACCAUAGUUAUGUAAUACAACAGUAACACUGUCUACCAUAGUGAUGUAACUCAACAGUAACACAGUCUACCAUAGUUAUGUAACACAACAGUAACAAUGUCUACCAUAGUGAUGUAACACAACAGUAACACUGUCUACCAUAGUAAUGUAACACAACAGUAACACUGUCUACCAUAUUGAUGUAAUACAACUGUAACACUGCCUACCAUAGUGAUGUAACACUGUCUACCAUAGUGAUGUAACACAACAGUAACACUGUCUACCAUAGUAAUGUAACACAACAGUAACACUGUCUACCAUAUUGAUGUAAUACAACUGUAACACUGCCUACCAUAGUGAUGUAACACUGUCUACCAUAGUGAUGUAACACAACAGUAACACUGUCUACCAUAGUAAUGUAACACAACAGUAACACUGUCUACCAUAGUGAUGUAACACUGUCUACCGUAGUGAUGUAAUACAACAGUAACACUGUCUACCUUAGUGAUGUAACACAACAGUAACACUGUCUACCAGAGUUAUGUAACACAACAGUAUCACUGUCUACCAUAGUGAUGUAAUACAACAGUAACACUGUCUACCAUAGUGAUGUAACACUGUCUACUAUAGUGAAGUAAAACACAACAGUUACACUGUCUACCUUAGUGAUGUAACACUGUCUACCAUAGUGAAGUAAAACACAACAGUAACACUGUCUACCAUAGUGAUGUAACACUGUCUACCGUAGUGAUGUAAUACUAUAGUAAAACUGUCUACCAUAGAGAUGUAACACAACAGUAACACUGUCUACCAUAGUGAUGUAACACUGUCUACCAUAGUGAUUUAACACAACAGUAACACUGUCUACCAUAGUGAUGUCACACUGUCUACCAUAUUGAUGUAACACAACAGUAAUACGGUCUACCAUAGCGAUGUAACACUGUCUACAAUAGUGAAGUAACACUGUCUACCAUUGUGAUAUAACACAACAGUAACACUGUCUACCAUAGUGAUGUAACACUGUCUACCAUUGUGAUGUAAAACAACACUAACACUGUCUACCAUAUUGAUUUAACACAACAGUAACACUGUCUACCAUAGUGAUGUAACACAACAGUAACACUGUCUACCAUAGUGAUGUAACACAACAGUAACACUGUCUACCAUAGCGAUGUAACACUGUCUACCAUAGUGAUGUAACACUGUCUACCAUAGUGAUGUACACUGUCUACCAUAGUCAUGUAACACAACAGUAACACUGUCUACCAUAGUGAAGUAACACUGUCUACCAUUUUGAUAUAACACAACAGUAACACUCUCUACCAUAGUGAUGUAACAGUCUAUCAUAUUGUUUUAACACAACAGUAACAUUGUCUACCAUAGUGAUGUAACACAACAGUAAAACUGUCUACCAUAGUGAUGUAACACUGUCUACCAUAGUGAUGUAACACAACAGUAACAAUGUCUACCAUAGUGAUGUAACACAACAGUAACACUGUCUACCAUAGUGAUGUAACACAACAGUAACACUGUCUACCAUAGUGAUGUAACACAACAGUAACACUGUCUACCAUAGUGAUGUAAAACAACACUAACACUGUCUACCAUAGUGAUGUAACACAACAGUAACACUGUCUACCAUAGUGAUGUAACACAACAGUAACACUGUCUACCAUAGUGAUGUCACACUGUCUACCAUAGUGAUGUAACAGUCUAUCAUAUUGUUUUAACACAACAGUAACAUUGUCUACCAUAGUGAUGUAACACAACAGUAAAACUGUCUACCAUAGUGAUGUAACACUGUCUACCAUAGUGAUGUAACACAACAGUAACAAUGUCUACCAUAGUGAUGUAAUACAACAGUAACACUGUCUGCCAUAGUGAUUUAACACAACAGUAACACUGUCUACCAUAGUGAUGUAACACAACAGUAACACUGUCUACCAUAGUGAUGUCACACUGUCUACCAUAGUGAUUUAACACAACAGUAACACUGUCUACCAUAGUGAUGUCACACUGUCUACCAUAGUAAUGUAACACAACAGUAACACUGUCUACCAUAGUGAUGUCACACUGUCUACCAUAGUGAUGUAACACAACAGUAACACUGUGUAACAUAGUGAUGUAACAUAACAGUAACACUGUCUACCAUAGUGAUGUAACACAACAGCAACACUGUCUACCAUAGUGAUGUAACAGAACAGUAACACCGUCGACGAUAGUGAUGUUACAUAACAGUAACACUGUCUACCAUAGUGAUGUAACACAACAUUAACACUGUCUACCAUAGUGAUGUAACACUGUCUACCAUAAUAAUAUUACACAACAGUACACUGUCUACCAUAGUGAUGUAAUAGUUGAUCAUAGUGAUGUAACACAACAGUAACACUGUCUACCAUAGUGAUUUAACACAACAGUAACACUGUCUACCAUAGUGAUGUAACACAACAGUAACACUGUCUACCAUAGUGAUGUAACACAACAGUAACACUGUCUACCAUAGUGAUGUAACACUGUCUACCAUAGUGAUGUAACACAACAGUAACACUGUCUACCAUAGUGAUAUAACAAUGUCUACCAUAGUGAUGUAACACAACAGCAACACUGUCUACCAUAGUGAUGUAACAGAACAGUAACACCGUCGACGAUAGUGAUGUUACAUAACAGUAACACUGUCUACCAUAGUGAUGUAACACAACAUUAACACUGUCUACCAUAAUAAUAUUACACAACAGUAACACUGUCUACCAUAGUGAUUUAACAAAACAGUAACACUGUCUACCAUAGUGAUGUAAGACAACAGUAACACUGUGUAACAUAGUGAUGUAACACAACAGUAACACUGUCUACCAUAGUUAUGUAACACAACAGUAACGCUCUCUACCACAGUGAUGUAAGACAACAGUAACACAACAUAGUAAUGUAAUACAACAGUAACACUUUGUACCAUAGUGAUGUAACACAACAGUAACACUGUCUACCAUAGGGGCCAGUGUAAGACUACAGGAAUACUGUAGUUAUGUUUACUUUAAUAUCUCAUCUAAAACACCCCAAGACUCCCAUCAGAAUUCCUUUUUCCUCUCUGUACACACCAAUACACAUGAACAUGCACGCACGCACGCACGCACGCACGCACGGAAAAACACACACACACACACACACACACACGGCUUACAGUAAAGUGGGUCUCAAUUAGUAUUGAAGAACUCCAUGAGAAAGAUAGCUAGUCAUUAUUUUUAAUAGACAGAGAAGAAACAUGAUACCUGGCUGAUAUCAGGCUGGAGGCAUUAAACUGGUUCUCCUGAGGCUCAUCCUGUUUAUUAGGCUCAUCCUGUUUAUUAGGCUGCACCCUAAAUAGCACCCUAUUCCAUAUAUUGCUAGUGCACUACUUUUGAUGAUAGCCCUGGUCAAAAAUAGUGCACUAUAUAGGGAAUAGGGUGCCAUAUAUUUUAUCACAGUCUGGCUGGAGAGAGAAUAGCUGCUAUCAAAACUCAGGAGUCUGUAAUAUCAAUGAGUGAUUUAGGUUCAGUGGUAGUGUUCCUCCCUGUUUUACCACAACUAGUGCAGUGCGGUUUAUGUGUUGAGCAGUGCAGUGAUGUACAGUAACAUAGUUGUAUGUACAGUAACAAGACUGUGUGGUGUGUGUUAUUCUUUCCCUUGUAUGUAUUGUUGUGUGUUUACUUUGUGUGUUUUCAUGCUGCUGGCUGCCUUCAUCCUCUACUCACCCUGCGUGUGUGUGUGUGUGUUAUAUAUACAGUGGGGGAAAAAAGUAUUUAGUCAGCCACCAAUUGUGCAAGUUCUCCCACUUAAAAAGAUGAGAGAGGCCUGUAAUUUUCAUCAUAGGUACACGUCAACUAUGACAGACAAAUUGAGAUUUCCAGAAAAUCAAAUUGUAGGAUUUUUAAUGAAUUUAUUUGCAAAUUAUGGUGGAAAAUAAGUAUUUGGUCACCUACAAACAAGCAAGAUUUCUGGCUCUCACAGACCUGUAACUUCUUCUUUAAGAGGCUCCUCUGUCCUCCACUCGUUACCUGUAUUAAUGGCACCUGUUUGAUCUUGUUAUCAGUAUAAAAGACACCUGUCCACAACCUCAAACAGUCACACUCUAAACUCCACUAUGGCCAAGAUCAAAGAGCUGUCAAAGGACACCAGAAACAAAAUUGUAGACCUGCACCAGGCUGGGAAGACUGAAUCUGCAAUAGGUAAGCAGCUUGGUUUGAAGAAAUCAACUGUGGGAGCAAUUAUUAGGAAAUGGAAGACAUACAAGACCACUGAUAAUCUCCCUCGAUCUGGGGCUCCACGCAAGAUCUCCCCCCGUGGGGUCAAAAUGAUCACAAGAACGGUGAGCAAAAAUCCCAGAACCACACGGGGGGACCUAGUGAAUGACCUGCAGAGAGCUGGGACCAAAGUAACAAAGCCUACCAUCAGUAACACACUACGCCGCCAGGGACUCAAAUCCUGCAGUGCAAGACGUGUCCCCCUGCUUAAGCCAGUACAUAUCCAGGCCCGUCUGAAGUUUGCUAGAGUGCAUUUGGAUGAUCCAGAAGAGGAUUGGGAGAAUGUCAUAUGGUCAGAUGAAACCAAAAUAGAACUUUUUGGUAAAAACUCAACUCGUCGUGUUUGGAGGACAAAGAAUGCUGAGUUGCAUCCAAAGAAAACCAUACCUACUGUGAAGCAUGGGGGUGGAAACAUCAUGCUUUGGGGCUGUUUUUCUGCAAAGGGACGAGGACGACUGAUCCGUGUAAAGGAAAGAAUGAAUGGGGCCAUGUAUCGUGAGAUUUUGAGUGAAGAUUAAAUGUGGCUGGGUCUUUCAGCAUGACAAUGAUCCCAAACACACCGCCCGGGCAACGAAGGAGUGGCUUCGUAAGAAGCAUUUCAAGGUCCUGGAGUGGCCUAGCCAGUCUCCAGAUCUCAACCCCAUAGAAAAUCUUUGGAGGGAGUUGAAAGUCCGUGUUGCCCAGCGACAGCCCCAAAACAUCACUGCUCUAGAGGAGAUCUGCAUGGAGGAAUGGGCCAAAAUACCAGCAACAGUGUGUGAAAACCUUGUGAAGACUUACAGAAAACGUUUGACCUGUGUCAUUGCCAACAAAGGGUAUAUAACAAAGUAUUGAGAAACUUUUGUUAUUGACCAAAUACUUAUUUUCCACCAUAAUUUGCAAAUAAAUUCAUAAAUAAUCCUACAAUGUGAUUUUCUGGAUUUUUUUCUCAUUUUGUCUGUCAUAGUUGACGUGUACCUAUGAUGAAAAUUACAGGCCUCUCUCAUCUUUUUAAGUGGGAGAACUUGCACAAUUGGUGGCUGACUAAAUACUUUUUUUCCCCACUGUAUAUAUAACACACACACACACACACGCAGGGUGAGUAGAGGAUGAAGGUGUGUUAUGUGUACUGUGUGUGUUUUCAUGCAGCCGGGUGCCUUUCCCCUCUAACCCCGCUGCCUGUGUGUCUGUGUGUUCUGACAGGCCCUGGAAAGUGAGUUCGUGUCGUGUCAGCUGCAUCAGUGGGUUGACCUUAUUUUCGGCUACAAGCAGCGCGGGCCCGAGGCGGUGCGCGCCCUCAACGUCUUUCACCACCUGACCUAUGAGGGUUCCGUCAGCCUGGACAGCAUCACUGACCCCGCCCUCAGAGAGGUACGCCUUGACACGACACGCUACGAUACGCACGUCACUGUCACCAUGGACACCAACCCCCCCACCCCACCCCACCCCCCUCCCAUCUACCCAGCUCCACCAUAG